ACCACCACAAAAGUCACAAAUUCCGCACCUGCUUCUGGAGAGGAUAUGUGUAUGAGCGGAUCAUAGCAUUGUCACCUGUGCAGGAUUAUAUAUGGCGACCCACUGAGUACGAGCACAUGCCACUAUAUGACUGGGUCAGAUUGGCAGAUAAACAGCGCAUCAAGCACCGCAAAAAGGGUCCCAAGAAAUCUGAAGAGGAUGUCACUGAGCAAGCCGACGUGGACUCGGAGUUUGAGGACAACUAUGAUAUCAGUGAUGCAGAAUUGAAGGGUGCUGGAGCCAAUGAAGAAGAAGAAGAAUCUGAGGAUGAACUCUUGCUCACAAAGACAUCAAACCAGGAGCUUGAAGCAGAUAGCGCACCUAAGCCCAGGAAAUCCAGGUCAAAAUAUGUGCAGUUCCAUGAAAAUCAUCCACAGUAUGACACCCAUCAUGUGAAGCUGCUGGACGAGUCUGAGGCAUAUGUUCCCAACUUUAUUGGUGGUUCACUCCCCAGAAGAGAUGCAGGCAACCGUGAACAAUACUGCAUGACCAUGCUCACACUCUUCAAGCCUUGGCGCACAGGACAGGAUCUGAGACCAAGCCAGGAUGUGCUCUGGGAUGAUGUGUUCAAUGGCUAUUCAUUCACAGAGCAGCAGCUGGAGGUCAUGAAAUUCUUCCAUAUCAAAUAUGAGUGCAAUGAUGCCAGGGAUGACUAUUCUGCAGCUCAUAAAAAGGGAUGGAAGACUGGUCCUUCCUGGGAUCCAAAGUCUGUCAUGGCAAAGUUGGGAAUGACUGAUACCUGA